CUUUGGUCUACCUAGGCCUAGGCGGCCCAGAGAAGCUCUCUGCUCCUUCUUUUUCCAUAACGUCGCUCUAGGUUUAGGUGCCGGCAUUGCGAGGAGGCGAUGGUAGGAGCAAGAUCCUUGUAGCGUCCCAGCAUUGACGAUGGAGCAAGCGAUGCGGCCGUGGCUCUUGUUGUUCGUCGCCGCUGGGAUCUUCGUCUCGUCAGCCACGGGCAACUCGGAGGGCGAUGCCCUUCAUGUAUUUCGGCAGGCGCUGGAUGAUCCUAGCAACGUCUUGCAAAGCUGGGAUCCCACACUGGUCAAUCCUUGUACCUGGUUUCACGUAACUUGCAACACCCAAGACAACGUUAUAAGAGUGGACUUGGGAAAUGCAUUUCUCUCAGGGCGUUUGGUAGCAGCUCUUGGCAAUCUCGAAAAUUUACAGUACUUGGAGUUGUACAGCAACAACAUCACUGGGCCAAUCCCAAAGGAGCUGGGCAACUUGACUGAGCUCGUCAGCCUUGAUUUGUACCAAAACAGCUUCACUGGCGAUAUACCUGACUCACUCGGUAAACUUCAUAAUCUGAGGUUCCUCCGACUAAAUAAUAAUACACUCGACGGCAAGAUCCCCAACUCACUCACCACAAUCCCGGGGCUUCAAGUGCUGGAUCUCUCGAAUAACAAUUUGUCAGGUCCAGUUCCAACUAAUGGCUCCUUUUCGCUGUUCACGCCGAUAAGUUUUGGAGGUAAUCCGGCAUUGUGUGGUGCUGUUGUCAGCCGUCAAUGUCCAGGAGGGCCCCCAUUGCCACCUCCGACUCCCUACCAGCCACCCUCACCUUUUGUUGGCAAUCAAAAUGGAAAUAAUGGGGGAUCCUCGAGCACCGGUGCCAUUGCUGGAGGUGUGGCUGCCAGCGCUGCCUUGCUUUUUGCAACUCCAGCUAUCGCUUUUGCGUGGUGGAAACGUCGCAGACCGCACGAGGCCUACUUCGAUGUCCCAGCUGAAGAGGAUCCCGAAGUUCACCUUGGUCAGUUGAAGAGAUUCUCACUCCGAGAACUUCAGGUCGCAACAGAUAACUUCAACAACCGGAACAUCCUUGGUCGGGGUGGGUUUGGAAAAGUGUACAAAGGCAGGCUGGCAGAUGGAUCUCUGGUAGCUGUUAAAAGAUUGAAGGAAGAACGAAGUCCAGGUGGUGAGUUGCAGUUCCAGACUGAAGUCGAGAUGAUAAGUAUGGCUGUACACAGAAAUCUUCUCCGUUUGCGUGGUUUUUGCAUGACACCAACGGAAAGACUUCUUGUUUAUCCAUACAUGCCCAACGGAAGCGUUGCUUCCCGGUUACGAGAGAGACUUCCGGGAGAUACACCACUGGACUGGCCAACGAGAAAAUGCAUAGCUCUAGGUGCGGCGCGUGGUUUGUCAUAUCUUCACGACCACUGUGAUCCCAAAAUUAUCCAUCGCGACGUCAAAGCAGCAAACAUCUUGCUGGAUGAGGAAUACGAAGCUGUGGUGGGGGACUUUGGCCUGGCCAAGCUCAUGGACUACAAAGACACGCACGUCACAACAGCAGUCCGAGGCACGAUCGGCCAUAUCGCUCCCGAGUACUUAUCCACGGGGAAGUCGUCAGAGAAAACGGACGUGUUUGGUUUCGGGAUCAUGUUACUGGAACUCAUCACUGGACAACGAGCGUUUGAUCUCGCUCGCCUCGCCAACGAUGACGACGUCAUGCUUCUCGACUGGGUGAAAGGACUGCUAAGAGAGCGAAAGGUGGACCUUUUAGUGGAUCCCGACUUGAAAAACGAGUACGAUCCCAUGGAAGUCGAGCAGCUCAUUCAGGUGGCACUUCUAUGCACACAAGGCUCUCCAAUGGACAGGCCCAAGAUGGCCGAGGUCGUAAGAAUGCUCGAAGGCGACGGCCUGGCGGAGAGAUGGGAAGAAUGGCAAAAGGUGGAAGUUGUCCGAAGCCAGGAAGUCGAGCUCGUGUCGCAUGGAAACUCCGAGUGGAUUGUCGACUCCACGGAUAAUCUACACGCGGUGGAACUCUCGGGUCCAAGAUAGUAGAGUAGCUAAGGCUAUUAAUUAGUUGUAAUUGUGGCUUUAAUCUCCCGCCCCCCGCAACAACUGUUUUUAUUUUGCAAAACUGGGGGCGUGUGCGAAAGCCGUCUCGUUUGCUAGCUUUCAGACGAAAGCAAGGAAACGCUUAACGGAGAAGAGCACAAACAGGGUUACCAUGUAACAAAGCGCCAUCGCGCACUCUCGCGGCGAUGUCACCAGGCACUGGCGGAUCUGCAAAAGCGAAGAACAUCGAGGUUUUUGUCCGGGUCCGGCCGCCGUCCAAAGCUGAGGAUGGGAGGAGGGAUAAGAUUGUCGCUGAGGUCGUGGAGGAUAGACAGAUCAGAGUUGUGGAUCAAGGCUAUGGCAACACGACGACAAUAAGAACCUUCCAGGCAAGAACUAUUCUCGUUGUUU